CUUGCCAUGAACUUGCACGACACCCCUAGACUUCCACGACCCAGCACUACCCAUGUGCUAGAUUUAUCGGUUCCAUAGCCCGAACUUGGCUAAUUACCAUAGAUGACUUCGCAACCAGCCCCUGCAGGCGCCGUCUGUAAACAACGCGCAACCAUGAGGAUGCGCAAAUGACAAUACCUGUUAUCUUACCCAUCAUGAGCAUGAUGGUGUAGGUUCAAGGGACGCCAUGUCCAGCGCAGCUCGGAAAAUUUGACACUGGAAUUGGUAAUUAUCAAGCAUAUUGAGCUAAGAGGCCGACAACUCUACGCAAGCCAUGGCGCACAUCCAGAAGCCUAUUUUCAUUGCAUUCUCGAUUCUUGGGUUGUCAACAGCAUUCCUCUCGUCGAGAUACUACAAGAGCGCAGCCUUCGAGCGUCCUUUCCACUUUUCGAUAUUGACGUUACUCGUCACCGGCGGAUUCCUUGUGGUUUCGUCCAAGAUAUAUCUCGGCCAGAAUGCCCAGUUCGAACCGUUGCGCCCCUCAAAUGGGCAUGUGGCCAAGUUCUCCAACGGUCGAUUUGGACGCAUUGAGGGCACUCUAAGAUCUUUUCAGCCGGCAUUGCUCUCUUCGACGCCACUCAUCGUCCUGUUACUGUCCGUCAUCUGUCGAACAGUCCUGUUUUGGCGAACGAUCCGAACGAUACAUUGCUCAUGGGACGGACUCCAGACUUUUCUGCCUUUUGUCGUCUCAUCAUACAGCGCGUUAGUUGCCCGUGCCACAAUCCUGCCACGAAACGGACAUGAAAUAUCAUCUCGACCCAGAGCGGUUUUGCCAAGCGCAUAUCUGUACAUUCUUGUUUCUUUGGUAUGGGGUUUUGCUGCGACGGACACGCUCUCCCAAACCGAACGAGGCACAGGCGCAAUAUGUCCACCGGGACUACCAGAGCGUCUUAUCCCUUUUGCUCAGGUAAUUAUGCUCUGCUGCGAUGCAACGAUACUCGUUCAGAUCGGACGAGUGCGAAGGGAGUGGGAGAACAAGUACAAAACAUGGAGCGCCAUAGGCUAUCUUUUUUUGUUAUCAGCAGCAGCAUUAGGCUUUAUGGCUUUCUGGUCCUAUUUCGAUCGCAUCAACUUCCGAUGGAAUCUUUUUCUCACCGCUGUAUCCGUCAGCGACCUUGUUUUAGACAGUAUCGCUGUCUCUUCAGCGUUGGUGGCGGGCGUUCACUUACUCGCGAGUAUUGAACCUAGCACAAUUGCUCUUUACGUCAAUGCUACGGCCGUCCUCGUCUAUUUAGAGCAACGGAUAUUCGAUGGGAGCCUGACUAGAGCAUGGUCGAAUUGGCGGGGAUCUCUGGCUGGUUUGGUCGUGUUUCUAGGCGUGGGGGCUCUUUACAACCUUCAAGGCAUGUCCUCAGUCACUUCAACCGUGAGAACACCCUUUUGGAAGAGCAAGGCCGGCAUGUGCUCUUUAUUAGCAUUUAUCUUGGUCUUUGUUCAGAGCCUCUUUCUCAACUGUGACAACGUCGGAUCCGAUGUUAUCAGUCGUGUCAUUGUGCAAUCCAGGAAGGACUCAGACAAUUGGAUUGCUGGUGCCAAGACGAGUCAGAGCUUGGGUGAGGCGACGCUGGAAUACAGCCGGCGGCAUGGGAUACCACCACCGCCGAAUUUUGACAAGUGGUAUGAAUAUGCUACGUCUGUCGAAUCACCCAUCAUCGACGAUUUCACGCAAAUACAUUCUGACCUUCUUCCAUACUGGGGCGUCUCGCCAGGGAUUCUGCGGGAGAGAACAACCCAUCUACUGACUCAUCCAAUCUAUUCCUUUGGUGGGCUUAUCAUUGAAGGAGGCAAGGUGGACAUAUCACCCCAUAUCAGAGGGACGCAUCGAUGGAUGAUGGAAGUUAUGCAAUCAAUGAUUGAGCCAUUUGCUCAGUGGCUACCUGAUAUGCAGCUCGCAUUCAAUCUGGACGACGAAUGUCGUGUAUCCAUCCCUUUCGAUCGAGCCAUCGCCUACAAAGCAGACGGCUUGAAGUCCCAAGCUCGUUUGGCUACCCAUGUAGAGUUUCAUGGUUUCAGCACUUCACAAGACCUGACGUGGGAAAAGGAGUUUCUGGGGAUCGAGGAUGAAAAACAGCGUGAAGAUCUAUGGAAGAAGGAAUCUCCAUGGUUUCAGAACUGGUCCAAGUCUCCUAUAUUCUAUGAGUGGGUCUCCUCAACCUGCCCAUCAGACGCAUUAGUCAAUCAACUUCAUUGGUGGAACCGGAAGGCAGAGUGUUCAAGCUGUUCGGCACCUCACAUGACAGGAGGUAUCUUGUCGAAUUGGACUCUAUCUGGAGAUUUAUGCCAUCAACCAGAUCUCGCAUAUCUCCACGGGUUUCUUCUAUCACCAUCUGCAAUGGCUGCGACACAUACCAUGUUCCCAGUUUUCAGCCAAAGCCGAAUGGAAAAUUUUGCCGACAUUUUAUACCCAAACCCUUGGAACUUUGGAGACAAGGUUCAGUAUGAUAAUGGGAAGGGGCUGGCCUGGCACCAAAAGCUUAAUAGUGUCUAUUGGCGCGGAGCUUCAUCGGACGGGUUUGCAGCGCAUGGAGCAUGGCAGACAUUUAUGCGUGCACGAUUUGUGCAUAUGUCACGACGCUUCAAAUCAUCCAGCAAAUCUUUUCUGAAUCUCGUGUCCAAAGCUCAAGAGACUCUACACCCUUCGACCGCGUCAAGCAACAACUCGCCAUUGACACUGAACGUCUCCUUUGUGGGCAAUUUCAAUCGCUGUGACGAGCGCGACUGUACUGCUGAACAUACAACCUUCUACGGUGGCCCAAAAGCCGAGCCAGCGCCGUCAGUAGACUUCCAAGAGCACUGGAAACACAAACAUCUCGUCGAUCUUGAUGGCGCAGCCUUCAGUGGUCGCUUCUUACCGUUCCUCAAGAGCGGGUCGCUCCCAUACCGUGCAGCCCUUUUUCGUACGUGGUGGGAAGAGCGAGUACACCCUUGGCGGCAUUUUGUGCCCCUCGAUGUGCGGCUCAGCGACUUUCGGGCCGUUGCCAAUUAUCUUAGCGGUAAGGGUGACAAGGAAGCUGAGACGAUUGCAAGAGACGGAAGCGAAUGGGCAAAUAAAGCUCUGAGAAAAGAAGACAUGCGAGUGUACAUGUUUAGGCUGCUUCUGGAAUGGGGCCGCCUCGUUGAUGAUCGUAGGGAAGAACUGGGCUAUGUUUCACGGUAAUAUGAUGAUGAAGACAGUUACUUCAUGGCCAACAUUAUUGAAGGAUUUGAUGUCAUUAGUACUAUACCCAGCGGAUAUGCAUUAAUGAAGUAACGAUUCAUGUACAAUGAGCAAUGCCAGGUUCUCCUGGU